AUGAAGACCACCGGAACCAUCACCGCCGCCCUUGUGGCCAUGGCCUCGCUUACCAGUGCCCAUUACACUUGGGACAAGACCAUUCUCAACGGCAAGCAGGUCGGCGGAGACAAUGCUUCUAUCCGCAAGCACCAGAACAGCUUCAUGCCCAUCAAGUUCAAGCAGACCCCCUCGGGAUCCAUCACCCCCAACGACGCCGAUUUCUCCUGCAACAAGGGUGCUGUUGGCGCCAAGGAUGUCAUCCAGGUCAAGGCCGGCGACAAGAUUGCUAUGAAGCAGGGCUUCGGGGCCGACGGAAUGUUCCACCCCGGCCCGGCCCAGGUUUACGUGUCGCCCGUCUCCAACGCAAAGACCGACAGGGGAGAUGACUGGUACAAGAUCCACCAGAGUCUUGUCUGUAAGCAGGGAAGCGCCGAGAGCUUCCGCACCGACGCCUGGUGCAGCUGGGGCGAGGACAACGUCAACGCCAUCAUCCCCGAAUCCAUCCCCAACGGCCAGUACGUGCUCCGCGGCGAGCACAUUGGUCUCCACGGCGCCCACGACGGCCAGGCCGAGUUCUACGUCGCCUGCAUGCAGAUCGAGGUGACUGGCAACACUGCCACCAGCAUGCCCGGAACCAGCGCCAAGAUCCCCGGCAUCUACAAGUCCACCGAUGCGGCCGUCAACUUUAGCGUCUGGGGCCGCUCUACCAGCUACGACGUCUCUCCCGGUCCUGACGUCAUCCCCGGUGGUACCAUCCGCGGUUCGGCCAACGGUGCCGGUGGUGACAAGACCAUUACUGUUUCUGGCGGUAGCGGUGCUGCUGCUGCUGCUGCUUCCAGCUCUGGCUCUACCUCCAACACCAAGAACAGCGGCACCAAGAGCAUCAAGGAAGUCAAGCCCUCUUCGCAGCAAUCUACUCCUGUCCAGGCUGCUGCUGACUCCAAGACUACCGAGUGCAACCGCCGCCGCCGCCGCUCUGUGCCCAGGCGUGCGGCUGAGCAGCUUAUCAACGAGGCGUAA